AUGGCUAAAUUUGAUCUUACAUUAAAAAUAAUUCCAUACCUGGAUCUACAUUUAGGUUUUCCACUCUUGGAGUAUAUAGAUACCAAAAGGAUCUAUGACGAGAAUGAACUGCUUCACGCUAAACUCGGUAUUCUCAGCAAAACAAACAUGAUUGAUUAUGUUAUUGAUAUUAGGAAGCAGCUGUAUCCUGAUCAAGAAGUACCAGAGGAACUGAAGAUGCGUCGUGCUGAGGUUGUUAAAGAACUUGGAGUUUUACAAAACAACGUUUCCAAAGUAGUCGGGUGGAUGAAUGACGAAGAAGUUAUGAAAAAAAUGGAAGAAAUGCGUGACUCCAAAGCGCUUAACAAUUAUUUGGUUCAAGAUUUAGAAUUUAAAAUUGAAAUGAUGGACGAACUCGUGAAACUAGCCAAGUACCGUUAUGAAUGCGGUAAUUAUUCUAUUUCCACUUCGUAUUUGUAUUUCUACUUGUUGAUCAUGCCGCCAACUGACAAGAAUUACUUGAAAGUUUUAUGGGGUAAACUAUCGUCGGAAAUUCUUACUCAGAACUGGGAUGCUGCAUUAGAAGACGUUUAUAAAUUACGUGAAUUCAUUGACAACAGCGCUUUGGGUAGUCCUGCUCACAUUCUUCAGCAGCGCACGUGGUUAAUUCACUGGAGCUUAUUUGUUUUCUUUAACCAUGUUAAGGGACGUGACGCACUUAUUGAACUUUACUUGAAUGCCAUUCAAACGACUUGUCCCCACAUUCUUCGUUACUUGGCAGCUGCAGUUAUCGUAAAUCGUUCUAAGAGAUCAACUCUGAAAGAUCUUAUCAAAGUAAUUCAACAAGAAUCUUAUACCUACCGUGAUCCAAUUACUGAAUUUUUGGAACAUUUGUAUGUGAAUUUUGACUUUGAAGGAGCGCGUCUUAAACUACAAGAGUGUCAGACAGUUAUUCUCAAUGACUUUUUCCUAGUUGCUUUGUUAAAUGAAUUUGUAGAAAAUGCAAGGCUGAUGAUUUUUGAAACUUUCUGUCGUAUUCAUCAGUGCAUCAGCAUCAGUAUGCUCGCUGAGAAACUUGACAUGAAACCAGAUGUAGCGGAAUGUUGGAUUGUUAACUUGAUUCGUAACGCCCGACUAGACGCUAAAAUUGACAGCAAACUGGGACAUGUUAUUAUGGGUGUCGAGCCAGUGUCUCCAUAUCAACAAAUAAUUGAGAAAAUAGAAACCUUGAGCGUACGAAGCGAAGCAUUGGAAAACCUUAUUGAACGUAAAUUAAAAGUUAAAAGCCAAGAUCGUGGCGGUAUUGUUUGGAAUUAA